CUCUGCUGCAGGAUUACCACUAAUUAACUACGGUUACACCACAGAAGACCCUUCACCGUUUACUGUAAAACUGCUUUGUCUUCUCCGGAUUCUGCUCAUCCCACAUAAUCUGAAUCGGAAACUUACUUCACCUGCUGCAGAAAGCACUCAUUCUGCCACUACUCACGGGAUUACAACAAUCCAAUCAAACCCCCGAAACAGAGACAGAGCCUGGCACCUCAGGUUGGACCAGAAACCAGAAACCACAACCAGGACAAACCAGUUAGCCAGUCUAUCUCUGUAGAGCAGAUCACCGGGCCAGGACAGACCAGUAGAAAUCAGUAAAGGCCAUUGGAAAAGUUUGAUGGGACUGCUGCCGAUAGAUUCCCCUCAUCAUCAAAGAGAGACAAGAAAAAGACAGAGAGAGAGAAACCACAUGCCUCUGAGUCCGGCUGCUGACACCAAACAUGAUCGCCCGCGGCAACAGGCGGUUACAAACGGCAACCCGACAGGCUCUGCUGUUGCCAGGGACGACGACGCGGAUGACACGCCCCCUGGAAACAGUGUUGUCGUCCGCAUUGGCAUCCCGGACCUGCAGCAAACGAAGUGUUUGCGGUUGGACCCAGAGUUACCAGUUUGGACCAGUAAGCAGAGGGUUCUGGUGACGUUGACUCAGUCUCUGUCGGAUGUUUUGAACUAUGGUCUCUUCCAGCCGGCGUUCAACGGCCGAGCCGGAAAGUUUCUGGACGAGGAGCGGCUGCUGAAGGAGUAUCCUCUCCCUCCCAUCACGCCCAUCCCGUACCUGGAGUUUCGUUAUAAAAGGAGAGUUUACACGCAGAGCUACGUGGACGAUAAGCAGCUGGCCAAGCUGCACACCAAGGCCAACCUGAAGCGCUUUAUGGAACAUGUUCAUCAGAAGAAUGUGGAGAAGGUUUCCAAAUGGUUGGAAAAGGGCCUGGACCCAAACUUCCACGACUCAGACACCGGGGAGUGUCCUCUGACUCUGGCGGUCCAGCUGGAGGAGAGCGCCGACUUGAUUAAAGUCCUUCGCAGUGGAGGCGCUCACCUGGACUUCAGGACCAGAGACGGUAUCACCGCUCUGCAUCGGGCCGUGCUCUGCAGGAACAGCUCGUCUCUCACUACUAUGCUGGACCUCGGAGCGUCUCCAGACUACAAGGACAGCAGAGGCUUGACUCCUCUUUAUCACUCUGCCAUGGUGGGUGGCGCCCCCUACUGCUGCGAGCUGCUGCUGCAGGACCACGCCACCAUCGGGAUGGCUGAUGAGAACGGAUGGCAGGAAAUCCACCAGGCAUGUCGCUAUGGUAACGUGCAGCACUUGGAGCACCUGCUGUUCUACGGCGCUGACAUGAGUUCCCAGAAUGCAUCGGGAAACACCGCACUGCACCUCUGUGCUCUCUACAACCAGGACAGCUGUGCCAGAGUGCUGCUGUUCAGAGGAGCAAAUAAGGACAUCAAAAACUACAACAACCAGACUGCCUUUCAGGUAGCAAUAAUUGCUGGGAACUUUGAUCUUGCAGAAAUCAUUAAGAUCCAUAAAACCUCCGACGUUGUACCCUUCAGAGAAACUCCAUCCUACACAAAGCGCCGCAGAGGUGGUGUGACCAAGACGCUGGGUGGAAACGGUCUGUCCUCCCCGCGCUCUCUGAUUCGCUCAGCUAGCGACAACGUUCUGGAAAGCCCCGCCUCCUCUCCUGGACCCUCCCUCCAAAGCCUGGAAACGCACCACGACACGCACACGCACUCGCUACGACGACACACCCGCCGGCUCAGCCCGAGUGGUGGGGGUCAUGUGGAGACCAGCCCCCCCUCCUCCCCUCCCCCGACUCCCCAGAUGAGGAAGAGGAGGCUGUACAGCGCCGUACCAGGGCGCACCUUCAUCGCCACCCGGUCCCACGUGCCCCAGGGGCCCGGAGAGAUCCAGCUGCACCGAGGAGAGAGGGUCAAAGUUCUGUCUAUCGGGGAAGGAGGAUUCUGGGAAGGAAACGUUAAAGGAAGAACUGGAUGGUUUCCUGCUGACUGUAUUGAAGAAGUCCAGAUGAGACAAUACGACCCACGACUGGAGACGAGGGAGGACCGCACAAAGAGACUGUUCAGACAUUAUACUGUAGGAUCCUACGACAACUACACCUCCUACAGUGACUAUGUCAUCGAGGAGAAGACGGCCGUGCUGCAGAAGAGAGAGAGCGAGGGAUUCGGCUUCGUCCUCAGAGGAGCUAAAGCCGAGACCCCCAUCGAGGAGUUCGCCCCCACCCCGGCGUUCCCCGCCCUCCAGUACCUGGAGUCAGUGGACCAGGGGGGCGUGGCCUGGAGGGCCGGGCUACGCACUGGAGACUUCCUCAUAGAGGUGAACGGGACCGACGUGGUGAAGGUGGGUCACCGGCAGGUCGUCUCUCUGAUCCGACAGGGCGGCAGUCGACUGCUGAUGAAGGUUGUAUCCGUUUCCCGGAAAUCUGAAUCCAACCUGAUCAGGAAGAAAGCUCCUCCCCCUCCAAAACGAGCCCCCAGCACCUCGUUGACACUCCGAUCCAAGUCCAUGACCGCUGACCUGGAGGACAUAGAGAAACUGGAUGAGAUGUUGGCCGGGGGUCAACAGGAAGUUGUUCUAAGGGCCCGUCCGUCAGACGACUUCAGAGCGGCGACGGUGAAACAGAGACCGACCAGCCGCCGAAUAACACAGGCAGAGAUUAACUCGUUGUUUGAGCGUCAGGGUCUGGUGCCCCCCUCAGCUCCAGAGAAAAGCACCAUGGCUUUACCCCGAGGAAUGUCCAGAACCAAGAGCUUUGGCACACCUGAUGACGACAGGAUCACCGCUCUGAUCAACGAAAGUCGGUUUCCUCGGAGCUCGUCCCUGACGGACAGCUUCAUCCCUCCUCCUCCUCAGAUGGCUCCUCCUCCUCCUCCGUCGGCUUCCUCCUCCACCUCCUCUCUCUUCCUCCUGGACUCUGGCCCCCCUCCCUCCUUCCUCCCCCCUCCUCCCCCGGCCAGAGGGGAGGGGCUAACCCGCUCUAGCUUCAAGCCGGGCGCGGAGCCGAGGCUCCAGGAGCUCUCCGAUUCGCCGACGCGGAGCCACGCCCACGCCGAGCGCCAGAGGAAGGCGAGGUCGAUGAUCAUCCUGCAGGACACGCCGCCGCAGCUGCAGCCUGACGCGCACGCCGUGGCCGCCACGCACUCGCUGCACACCGCCACGCACACCGCCACGCACACGCUUCACACCGCCACGCACACAUCCACGCUGUCUCUCCACAGCACCAGCCCGGCCCUCGGCCACUCACCUCUGUCACGCCGCCGGGGACGGCCAAUAGAAAACCCUUACGCGAACGUGGGACAGCAGGCUCCGCCCUCCAAGCCGCAGAGGAGGAAGUCACCUUUGUUGAAACAACUUCCUGUAGAGGAGCAGGGACUUGGAAUCAGAGAUCAAGAUUUGCUGAGAGUAGACGGAGGCGGCAGCCCCAGCAGGGCCGAGCUGUACCAGCAGCAGGUUCUCUCAGAGCGCGCUCGGGUUCAGGGUCGCAGGUCGUCUCUCUUCCUGUCUGUGGAGGGAGCCGGGUCCGAAAACCAGGUGCCCCUCCUCACUCAGAGCCACUCGAUGGACGACCUCGGCGAGCUUCCCCCUCCAGCUCCGGUCCUGUCGCCCUCGCCGACGCCUCACACCUUCCUGCACCCACUGACGGGGAAACCUCUAGACCCCUCGUCUCCACUCGCCCUGGCUCUCGCUGCACGAGAACGAGCGCUCACUGCCCGCACGCCGAGCCCCGAGCCUCGACUGAAACACGCAUCUGCCUCCACCACGCCCAUCCCCACUCCAGCCGCGAGCCCCGAGGGAAGACACAAGCGCACCCCUAUCCCCACCCCGCAGGGCAGCCCCGAGCCGCGGUCCAAACGCGCCACCCCUCAGACGAGCCCCGAGCAGCGAACCAAGCGCACCACUCCCCAGACCAGUCCCGAGCUGAGGCACAAACGCAUAACCCCGCCAAUUUUCCCAGACGGACAAGUGGAGCGCCCCGAGACGGAGGGAGGAUUGACAUCACCUGCCGCCCCCUCCCCUGAGCGCUGGAGACCCAGCCCCUUGCCAGCCCUGGCCAAUGAGAGCCACCCGGCUCUGAUUGACAGGCGCAGAAGCCUCACAGUGGGCAGCUCAGAGGAGGAGGGCGGGGCUUACACCGUAACACUCCCACCGGCGCUGCUGUCGUCCAGCGACGAGGAGACGAGGGAGGAGCUGCGCAGAAUCGGCCUGGUGACUCCACCCGCUGCUUUCGCCACUCCUCCCGCCCUUCCUCCCCCGUCAUCCCUCAUACUGUUGCCACGGCGAAAUGAGGAGGAAGGAGGUGACGAGCGGCUCCACGACAGCUCGUCCUCCCCCAGCUCGCUCCCUCCCUCCAUCACCUUGGCCUCCCCUCCCGCUCCCUCCUCCCCCUCCUCCCCUCCCGCUGCUCACCCUUCUCCCUCCUCCCCAGCCACCUCCCCGAUCGGCCUCAAGCCGCGCCUCCGUUCGCCCAUCGGGCGCGGCCGAUCCGCGCUCCGGGAUCCGCUGCUGAAGCAGUCGUCGGACAGCGAGCUCCUCCCGUCCGCCGCGUCCUGCUCCUCCCCCUCCUCCCCCCUCUGCUCCUCCCCCACCGGCGGCGGCGGCGGACGGCAGCCGCGCUAUCUGUUCCAGAGGAGGUCCAAGCCAGGGGCGGGGUCGACCGCUGUGGGGGCGGGGCUUCGGGCGGACGAGGCGGGCUUCAGCCCGGACGAAGGGGGACGUCCGGCAGCUCUGGGAGGUCAGGGGGCGGGCUCAGCCGCGGAUCUGACCAAUCGGUCGGCCUCAGCGCUGGAGCUGAGUGGCAGGGCCGGCUCCGGACUGGAUCUGGCCAAUCGGCUGCAGCUGCUCAACAAAGACAGCCACUCUCUGGGGGAGGAGCCGAGUCCACUCGAUCCGGGCCGCAGGUCGCCAGUAGGAGGCGCCAGGUUGUUCUCCAGUCUUGGGGAACUCCACACUAUCUCCCAGCGAGGAUUUGGCCCCAGCUACACAGUCCGACCAGGAAGCCGCUACCCUGUAACCCGCCGGAGCCCCUCCCCCUCUCCCUCCCCAUCCGAUAGGUCAAUAGGGCUCGCCUCCUCCCCCACCACCUGCCCUGAAAGGCCAGAUCUGAGCUCGGGUCGCAGCCUAACCAUCCUAAAGUCGUCCAGUCUCAGCCUCCCCUCGGAACCCAAGGAGGUUCGGUUUGUGAUGCGAAGCGCCAGCGCACGAACCAGGUCUCGUUCGCCCUCUCCUUCGCCCCACGCCUCUCCCUGCCCCUCCCCGGUCCUCAGCGGGCCCCUGUUGGCUCUUCGGCCAUGGAGGCAGCGGCCCCUCAACUUGUGGAAUAAAUAUGACGUGGGCGACUGGCUGGAGAGCGUGGGCCUGGCCGAACACCGCCAGCGCUUCCAGGAGCACGAGAUCGAAGGCUCCCAUCUGCCCGCCCUCACCAAGGAGGACUACGUGGAGCUGGGCGUCACCAGACUGGGACACCGAAUCAACAUCGAGAGGGCGCUCAGACAGCUGCUGGAUGGCUCCACUUGACCCCUGACCUCUGGACAUCCUGUGACCUCAUAACCUCUGGUCAGACACUAGGCCAUCUCUCUUUGACUAGAAUAUCUUAGCAGUGACUGAAUCUUUAGACCUUUUUACCAACGUGGAGCCCAGCUAUCUGAGUGACCUCGAAGACAUUUUGGCUUAUCAGCUCUUUUGAUCAACCCAAACCAAGUGGUAGCACCAAGGUCCGUGUCCAGUAUUUAACUUUAGUUUUCAGUUUAGACCUACAAGAUUUAGUUUGUCCUCUGUUAACAUCUAGUGCCUCCUAUUUGAGCCGUAAAAGCCCUCAACCAAAUUUGUAAUUCCUCUAUUUAAAAGACAACAAAUUGGAAAAGAUUCCACCGAGCGUUAGCCUGGUUGCUCUGUAGUAGGCUGGGUUUUCUUACCAAAAGUGCAAGUCAAACAAUGCACAGAACAUGGCUAUGAUUUGCAAUGGAGAGACCAGCUGUAAGGCAUGCACUGCACUCAUUUUCCACCAGGUUUUGCAGGCAAAGUUCAAGUACAUUGAACUUUACAUCUCCAACACAUUAGAUUCUGGCAUUAACGGGAGAUUUAAGUAAAGGCGACAAUUAACGGGAGAGAACUAUGUUUAUUUCACACUACAUUGCACAAACUAUUUUCUCUUAUGGUUUGUUCACACAGAGGCGAAGCGAAUAUUUGCGUCAAUUUGAUCGUGGGAACAUAUUGGGAAUAUUUGCGCGUAAUCGCGUUACAGUUCUUCCCGCAAGACGACAAACAAAUAAUGUUCGCCUCUUUGCCUUGUUCGCUUUGUGCAAAUUUGCGUCAGGCGAUAGGAACAAAUCCCGACAGAUCCAUUUCUGGCAGUAUAUCAACAUAAAAUCCAAUAUUAACUCUAUAAAUGAUUCUCCAACACCCAAAGAUAUUAAUUUUACUAUGGUAGAAGACUAACAAAACAAGCUGUUCUGCUGAUCCCAACGGUCGACAUUGAUCAAAGAGCUGACAAACCAAUUACUAAUAUAAUGAGACGGGUUAUUUUCCUCGUGCCACCCUGCUUCCCCAGACGAGUUUAGCUGGGCGAUUAGCGAGCUACUGGGAGUCUCAACCUUAACAACAACAACAACAACAACAAUGGGAGAUUAGCUGAGGACAUUUCUCCGUCUUUCUUGUGACUUAGCUUAUUCUUUUUCUUCUUUUUUUUUUUUUAAAUAUCACUCAUGAAGAAUUU